GCGCUCUGACGUCAGCAGUCCUCGGCUGUCAAUCAUGGAUCAGUGCUGGUUGUGUCCUCCUCGCGCUGCUCAUCAGACACACGCGCACAGGACGCAGCGCGAGCACAGCGCGAGCACAGCGCUUUGUCCUGACAGCCUUUUAUCAGGAGGGCUUUGAUCCGCAGGUUUCCAGUCAGUGUGUAUUGGAGGGUUCUCUCUGGAUGUAGCUGCAGAUCUGAAGAAACAUCUCAUCCUCACUUUUCUCUUCGCGUCUGGAGAAAAUGUCUCGACCACUUCCGCUCAGUUUUCUGGCUCCGCACGGAGUCCUGAAGUCUCUGCUGGAGAAACCUGUGAGGCUGCAGCUGCACCAUGAAGCUUUCACCAAGGAGCAGGGGAAGGAGAAGAACCUGGAGGAGGAGCACAGCUCCCCCCAGUCAGCCUUCCUGGGCCCAACACUGUGGGACAAGACCCUCCCCUACGAUGGAGACACCUUCCAGCUGGAGUACAUGGACCUGGAGGAGUUCCUGUCAGAGAACGGGAUCCCCUCCAGCCCCUCCCACCACCAUCAUGACCAGCACCAACCACAGGCUACGUCAUGCCAACCACUAAUCAUGCCGACAGCCCCUCCCACUCCGACGCCCUCAGUGAUGGACCUGAGCAGCCACGCCUCCACCUCCAUAAACACAAGCGUCACCCCUCCCAUCUGUCUCCACAGCAGCCAGACGAGAGAAGGCCUCCAAAACUCCAGAAACACUCCGAGCCCCAUUGACCCAGACUCCAUCCAGAUUCCUACUGGGUACGAACCCGACCCGGCCGACCUGGUUCUGUCCAGCGUCCCGGGUCAGGAGAUGUUCGACCCGCGCAAACGCAAGUUCUCUGCCGAGGAGCUGAAACUGCAGCCAAUGAUCAAGAAAGCUCGGAAGGUUUUCAUGCCAGAGGACCUGAAGGAUGACAAAUACUGGGCCAGCCGCAGGAAGAACAACUUGGCAGCGAAGCGGUCCCGGGACGCUCGGCGGCUCAAAGAGAACCAGAUUGCCAUCCGAGCCGGCUUCCUGGAAAAGGAGAACUCGGCUCUGAGGUGGGAGGUGGCCGACCUGAGGAAGGAGCUUGGACGCACCAAGAACGUCCUGUCCAAGUAUAAGGGGCUGCACGGGCCACUCUGACCGCACACACACACACACACAGACACACACACAAUGAGCCCCGCCUCCUCCUGACCAACCAACUCAGUUACUCCUGAUUGUGAGGUCAUUCCACCAACCAAUGAGAUAACACCAGCUGCUCUGAGUUAAAGGACAAACAUCAACAAAUCACUAGAAAAGACUCAAACCAUCACUUCCUGUCUCAUUAGUUCCUCAUUGGUUCCCACUGAGAACGCAAAUGAUUCUAAACGCCUCACACAAGUGUCGACUGAUAAAAAAAAGAAACUGUUUUUAUUGCUCUGCAAUAGCGACACCUAGUGGAGACAUGGAGGCUUUCAGGUUGUCUGCUCGUCUCAUUAUCGUGAAGAUUUCUUCUAAUUUGGUCCAAGUAAUCAUUUAGACUCAUGAGAGAAUGGAUUUGAUUUGGGGGGUCAAAGGUCCCACCCACUGUCCACAUAUACAUACCCGUCACUUCCUCUUCCUGUUUGAUCAUCUGAUUGCGGACGUCACGUUGUUGAACUUUGUGCCGUCACGACUGUGUCUGAGAUUUAUUUAAAAAU